AUGAUUACUUUGAAGAGUUGUGACAAAAAGUUCUUUGUUAUUGAGGAGACCGUUGCCUUGCAAUCUAAAACUCUGAAGCGCAUGAUGGCUGGUAACGAGAAUGAUGAGCAUAUUCUUGUCCCUUUGACUACCAUCAAAGGCAAUGUCUUGGCAGAGGUGCUCGACUACUGCACCAAACAUGCUGAGGUUGAGACUAGUGAGGAAGAUAAAAAGAUUUGGGAUGCACAGUUUGUGAAUUUCGAACUUGAUGAUGAAACAAAUUCCCGGAUGUUACUAGAUAUGUUCCAAGCUGCCAAGUUUCUUAACAUAGAGGGAUUGAUGGACUUGACAAGAGAGAAAGCUUCUGAAUGGAUGCCUCGUAAAACACCAGAGGCGAAAGAAGCGAUUCUUAGACGUAUAGAGAAUCAUAGGCAGUUGAAUGAUUAA